ACAUGAGAUGGCUGGUGAGUUGCCAGUCUCCCAAGCCUUAGGGAUAUCGUUACAGCGUGCACACUGUCGACUCCAUCCAACCCAAAAUCUGCUCUUGGGCAAGAAAAGAAAUCGUUGGCCAUUGGCGUCCCACGCUUCAAGGUGAGUGGCUUGAGGCGCACUGCCUUGAAAGGCGUCUUGCAAUGAUAUCUUUCGGACCAUGGUCCGACUUUUAAGUCAACGCCUGUCCUUACACCACUUACCAGGAUGGUCCUAGGUCAUUGCGCAACGACACAGUUCCCUGCGCCGACAACAGCUCACUUUGCGACUCAACUUCGGACUACAACGUGCCAUUUGGCCGGCUACAGACAGGUAGCUGUGGUUGUCGAACGAUACUUGCGGCUCAACGCUGCAGGGGUUUCUCGCUACCACAGCUCAACUACGAUGAUCGUGCCUGCGGACCAGACGCCGUUGUUCACACUACCAUUGGAGCUUCGUCAGCUGGUAUACAAGGCUGUACUUGCAUCGCCCUUGCAUGGUCCGGAGCUGUUACAAACAUGCCAAGAAAUUCAUUUGGAGGCUCACAAGUUUCUCUUCGCAAGACCGCUUAGCUUUCGAAGUCAAGAAGCCCUUUUUGAUUGGUUGGAUCGGGUACCCAAAAAGUAUUUGCCACAAGUUAAGGAGCUUUCUCUGAAUAUCCAGGACGUCGAUCUCAGAUCAUUACUCAAGGCAUCUGCUCUGAUCAGUCACCCAGGUGAUCCACCCCGGCUUCUGACAUGGAACAUUUACGAAGCAGAGCUAGACAAGCUUUUCCAUGCUCUGGAACAAUUACCGAAAGUCCAGAAGAUCACGAUUCGAGCAGUAUCAGGCCGCCAAUCUUUCCUAUACCGCGAAUUUCUCCAGAAGUUCUUGAGACUUCUAGGCUCUCUUUAUCCGAAUCUUUUGGAUCUUGGCUUAGAAGGUAACCUUCAUCACCAGGACUUGUCUUUCAUAUCUAGCUUUACGAGGUUACAAGCUUUCUUAUUUGAUGGCUUUUCUGCCUCCUCGCCAAGUGACACGGCCAGAAUCCUUUCCGAAUUGGGCUAUCUUAAGUGUCUGUCGCUCGUCUCACAGAGCACCAUGCUUACUCCGGGUUCUCAGACACGCAGUGGCUUUACAGCAAAACGCCAAUCUUUAACUGGUGGUGUCGUCAACAGGAUCGACAGUCUCAAGUGUUUCUCGAUCACAGAGAUCAUCCCAAUUUCGGCGCCGACGUUGUUUUUCACACCUGAAGUCCUCACAUCGUUGCACAACCACCAAAGUCUGAAGGUCAUCAAAGUCUGCUUAUCCCAGGCACCGAAUAACGAGACCAUGGCAGCCUUCGAGAGCUUCCUGGAGAACACACACAUCAAAAUUUUGGAAUUGGACUGGCCGCAAUUGGAUCCACACGUUCUGGAAACCUUUUCACUAAUCCCUGACGGUCUCGAAAAGCUUUGGAUAAGAGCGAGGAGUGCAGCAGAUGCUUUCUAUAUCAUCUGGUCUAUUGCUGAAAGCCGAAAUGCUGGGGAUCUUCACGCUCUGAGCGAGCUAAACCUUCUGCGCUCCACGCAAACUUACGACGACAUCACUCCAGCCACCAAUGAUAGGAAGGACAGCGGUACAGGAGAAGUUGAGGGUGCCCUCAAUUGUAUGUACCCUGCCUUUGACGACACAGAUGCAAUCAACGUCGUUCGCGCACGACUGCGCCUACAAACAUUGGGUGUGCGAGUCUCUUGGUGCACAGAAAGGCCAUAGGAUUCAUAAAAGAAAUAGGGAGCCUACAUCGCACUGAUAUGGACAACUGCUGCUAAGCUUGAUGACGACGAAUUGUACUCGCACCACCCCUGGUAAUGGUUCAGAGCUUGUAGACUAUUCAGUGCUGAAAUGCCAUUUGUAUCUCCACUUGUUCGUCUUGCAUUAAAAAUCUAGACGUAUGUCUGGCUCGUAUUGUACCAUCGUCCAUCUGUCUACCACAC